CAUGUCAUACAUUAUCAUAAGAUACAGUAUCUAUCUACUAAUCCACGCAAAGUAUCCCACUCAAUAAUGAUAUAGCACGCACGAGAGUCUCUCUUUUUGACAAAAACGAAAUCAUAAGUUGAAAACAAAACAGUAACUGAGAAGCAAAACUCCAUCAAAACCCCCCUCCCAUUGCCCCCACACUCCUUGCUCAUCCAUCUUCAAUCAAUGCUUCAACCACACUUUUCUGUAAAAACACAACCUCACACACACACACACACACACACUACUCUGAACUCUCUAACAAAACCUUUCAACAUUCCCCAAGAAAGCCAAAGACAGCAACUUUAAUCAAACCUUAAUAGUUCAGUUUCCCCAAAAGCAAGCAACACAAGAAGACGAAAUGAUGAAGAAGAAGAAAGGCAGCAACUUUAAGUUACUCUCUUUACUUCUGUUCUUGGGUUUGAUCCAGACAAGCGGAUACAGCAUUGGAGUCGGUGUAGGAAUCGGCGGCGGAGACGGUGACGACGGAGUUUGGAUCGGCGGCGGAAACCCUAAUUCCAAUCCUGGCUCAGCUCCCAAGCAACAGACAACAAAUGCAGCUUACAGAGCUCUCCAAUCUUGGAAAUCUGCCAUAACAGAGGAUCCAUCAGGUGUUCUAAAGUCAUGGGUUGGUGAAGAUGUGUGUACUUACAGAGGCGUGUUCUGUUCUGGCUCCAUUAUUACCUCCAUAGAUCUAAACAAAGCAAAUCUCAAAGGCACCAUUGUCAAAGACCUCUCUUUGCUCUCUGACCUAACCAUUCUCCACCUCAACAGCAACAGAUUCUCUGGUCAAAUCCCAGAUUCUUUCAAGAAUCUUGAUUCCCUUCAAGAACUCGAUCUCAGCAACAACAAAUUCUCCGGUUCUUUCCCUCAAGUCGCGCUCUACAUCCCAAACCUGAUAUACCUCGAUCUCCGGUUCAACGAUUUCACUGGCUCUAUACCGGAGAAUCUCUUCAACAAACAGUUAGACGCGAUCCUCCUCAACAACAACCAGUUCACCGGAGAAAUCCCCCGGAAUCUCGGAUACUCCACAGCUUCGGUGAUCAAUCUCGCUAAUAACAAAUUAUCCGGCGAAAUCCCGACGAGUUUCGGCAUCACCGGUUCGAAAUUGAAAGAGGUUCUGUUCUUGAAUAACCAGUUAACCGGUUGUAUACCGGAAUCAGUCGGUUUAUUCUCCGACAUUGAAGUCUUCGACGUUAGUUUCAACUCCUUGAUGGGUCAUGUCCCCGACACGAUCUCUUGCUUAUCUGAGAUUGAGGUUUUGAACCUCGGCCACAACAAAUUCUCCGGUGAUCUUCCCGACUUGGUCUGCACUCUGAGGAAUCUGAUAAAUCUCACGGUUUCUUUCAACUUCUUCUCUGGGUUUAGCUCACAGUGCUCGAGUCUUAGCCUCGGGUUUGAUUUCACCGGAAACUGUAUUCCCGGUAAGGGUUAUCAGCGGCCACAGCCGGAUUGCUCGGCGAUUCCGGGCGGCCAGUUGAGCUGUCUUAGGAUUCCGACGCAGCCGUUAACGUGCGCUGGGAUUAGCGUGGGACUGAGGGUAACUUCAACAUCACCAUGAAUGAAAUACACAAAGUUGAAAGCUUUUUGUUUGUUUUUGAAAGUUCUAUUGGUUAUUAUGCAAUGGUGCUUUGUUAUAAUUUGAUAGAAGGAAAUGGUUUUUAUCAGUUA